AUGUCUGCCAUUCAACUCUCUUUCUCUCUCCGCGUCUCUUCAGGUGUCAAGACCGUCCACCUUCUCGGCUCUUGGGACAACUACGUCGGCCAGCUUCCCCUCUCCAAGGACAAGACGUCCUCCAAGUCCGGUUCCUGGAAGGGCACCUUCAAGUUCCAGGGCUCCACGCUCGAGCCCGGUCAACGCUACUGGUACUACUACAUCAUUGACGGCUACCACGUCGCCCACAACCCCAGCGUCACGUCCACCGUUGAGCCCACCACUGGCCGCGCCCUGAACAUCCUCGACGUCCCCACCGACGGUUCUUCCCGCUCCCACAAGUCUUCUUCGUCCUCAUCCAAGUCUUCGUCCAGGUCAUCGCACUCCUCGUCCCACAAGAGCUCCUCCUCCUCGUCGUCUCGCCACAGCUCUUCGUCCUCCUCCAGCAAGGACAAGGAGAGGUCCCGCGAGCACCGCUCCUCGCGCCACCGCGCCUCGGGCCUGUCCGUCGACAUCCCCAAGGGCCGCCCCCUGUCGACCUCGCAGAUCAAGGCUCCCAAGCCCAUGUCGCCCCACGCCACCCGUCACAUUCUCGACGCCGACUACUGCGACGACGAGACCAUCGACGAGCUGACCGCCCGCUUCGGCGCUGCCGGCUUUGAUGAGGACGACAUGGUCACCGACUUCAGCAACUCGCCCGUCUCCUCCACCGGCUCGUCCCUGUCCUACCGCUCUGACAGCUCCAGCCCCUCGUCGUCCCUGUCUGGCUACUCGACACCCGGCUCCGACGUCAGCUCCUGCACCUGCGAGCGCUACGGCAUCACCCGCAAGGGCGAGCGCGUCAAGAUCGACUGUGGCGGCGACCGCUGCGGCUACGGCGACUCGAGCUCCGACUGUUCCUCCUCCAUCUCCGAGGAUGACGAGUACGAGGUCGAGCCCGCGUCGUACAAGAAGCACUCCGUCUCCGCCUCCGGCUCUCGCCGCAACGGCAUCGUCGUCCGCUAA